GAAAACAAUGGAGUCAGACGUACACACCGGACUGUCUUAAAUAACGGAAUCAAUAAGCACUUUUAUACACCAGUAUUAUAAAAUAAGAGCGGAGGUUAAACCCAGGAAACUGUGACACCGUCUACAAAUGAUUAAACUUUAAAGAAAUACUGCUUAAUAUAGAAAUAGUGCUGAGUAACUGAGUUCCCCUGCUGUGUCUGAUUGUCCUCUGAAGUCCUUCUGCGUCUUUGUCUGUGAAAUAAGAGUAAAAGAUAACCGCAGAGGAAGAUGUCAGAGGUCAACUUACCGAAGCGCAAGGAGAAGUGUGAGAACUGCACCAAACAGUGCAACAAGAAGCAGAGUGAAGAUGGUGCCGACUCACACCUGGAGAAAGAGGAAGUCAAUGGACAGUUCCCUGAAGAAUCCCCCCUGCUGCUCAGCUCCUGUCUGUCCUGUGACGGCUGUCUGUCGGAGGAGGAGAGUCUGAAGAUCUCUCAGCAGAACCUGGAGGAGCUGGAGCGAGUGCUGGCGCUCAAUAAGAAGUGUGACGUGUCGAAGCGGCGCGUCCUGGUCGCCUCGGUGUGUCCGCAGUCUCUGCCUUUCUUCGCUGUGAAGUUCGGAGUGGACAUCACGGAGGCAGCGCACAAACUCUGCGGCUUCCUCAAGAGUUUAGGUGUGCACUUUGUGUUGGACAGCACUCUGGCUGCAGGCUUCAGUAUCUUAGAGAGUCAGAAGGAGUUUGUUCAGAGGUUUCGCCGGAGGAACCAAGACUCCACCGCUCUGCCCAUGUUCACCUCCUCCUGCCCGG